AUGCCUCCGACCCUGGCCACAGCGUUUGCCAGGCGCUGGUGGAUGGCAGUGACUGCAAUCAUUGAGAAUCUGCUCUUCUCCGCUGUGCUGCUGGGAUGGGGUUCGCUCCUCAUCAUGCUCAAGUCAGAAGGCUUCUACUCUUACCUUUGCAACGAGGAGGACGGAGUGGAGAUGAGGCCCCUGGUCCCUAUGGAUGGCUCCCUGAGGAUGAACGGCUGGCUUAUUUGUAAAGAACAGGAUGAGAUGCUGAACUUGGCGUUCACAGUGGGCUCCUUCCUGCUCUCAGCCAUCACCCUGCCGCUCGGGAUCGUCAUGGAUAAAUAUGGGCCUCGCAAGCUACGACUGCUGGGCAGCACUUGCUUUGGAUUGUCCUGUCUACUAAUUGCUUAUGGAGCCUACAAUCCAAAUGAACUUUCUGUCCUUAUCUUCAUUGCCCUGACUUUCAAUGGCUUUGGGGGCAUGUGUAUGACCUUCACCUCUCUCACACUCCCUAACAUGUUUGGGGACCUCCGUUCCACCUUCAUCGCCCUGAUGAUCGGCUCAUAUGCCUCCUCCGCUGUCACCUUCCCUGGUGUCAAGGUGAUCUAUGACCUUGGCAUAACUUUCAUCACUAUUCUAGUGGUGUGGGCUGCCUGUGCUGGACUGGUCUUCUUGAACUGCUUCUUCAACUGGCCUCUGGAACCGUUUCCUGGACCAGAGGACAUGGACUACACCAUAAAGAUCAAGUUCAAUUGGCUGGGCUUUGACCAUAAAAUCACAGGGAAGCAGUUCUACCACCAAGUGACCACUGUGGGCCGUCGUCUGAGUGUGGGCAACAUUCCACAGAAGGAGCUGGCCAUUAAGGACGGGAACAAGCUCUGCCUCUCCACCACGGACCUGGAAAUUGACUGCAAGCCGCAAGAAGAGUGUAAGAGUUCAUUCUUGAAAACCAUCACCAGCACGAUGUUCCUGCUCAGUCUGGUGACCAUGUCCAUCACUCAACUUCGUCUCUUGUUCUACAUGGGGGCCAUGAACAGCGUCCUGGAGUCGCUCAGUGAUGGAGACCUCAACAAAGUGAGUCUGUACUCCUCCAUCUUCGGCAUGCUGCAGUUGCUGUGCCUGAUGACCACUCCCGUGAUUGGUCAGAUCAUGGACUGGAAGCUGAAAGAGUGUGAUGAUGGUGAGGAGGAAAAGGAACCCUGCAGCAAGGGGGAGAAAAAGAAAAAGCGCAGAGACAAAAAGACCCAGAAGGUGACCAAUGCCUUGCGAGCGUUCAUCCUCACAAACGUCCUUCUAGUGGGAUUUGGGAUCACCUGCCUGGUGCCCAAUCUCCCCCUGCAGAUUGUGUCAUUUGUCUUACAUACUGUGGUGAGAGGAUUCAUUCACUCUGCUGUUGGCGGCCUCUAUGCUGCUGUGUAUCCCUCCUCCCAGUUUGGCAGUCUAACAGGCAUGCAGUCUCUGGUCAGCGCUGUGUUUGCUCUACUGCAGCAACCCCUAUUUUUGGCCAUGAUGGGACCCCUGGAGGGCGACCCACUCUGGGUCAAUGUUGGACUCCUUGUUCUCAGUAUGCUCGGCUUUUUGUUGCCGCUCUACCUGAUCUGCUACAGACGGACGCUCUACAGAGAGCAACAGCAGAGGGAGGACAACGCUAAGAUCUACAUCAAAAUCAACGGCUCCGACAUCCCAGAGGCCUAUGUCUAG